GGAAGAGAAAUUGCUGCAUAGUUCCUUUGCUGCGUGUCUUACAGCACCCGCCCCGCACCGUCACCAGCCCAUGUCAUUUCCAUCAUCUGUCUGACCUUUAAAUUCAAACUUCUCCAGCUCCAGGGAGCAGAAAAGGCUGCUUUGUCAUGAACAAGCAUUGCCCUUAUCUGCAGGGAGCUGAAAGCGCUUUCAUUAGACUUGUUACACACGAUUUCAAGAUUUAAGAGUUUGAUUCAAAACUUUAUUGUUUUUCAUAAAUAAGCCUUAGCUGCCACAGGACAGUAAAAAGCCUUUAUCAGAAACCCAAACGCUGGUACCACACAAGCCUCUCUUCCCUCCUCCUCCUCCUUCCUCUAGCAGACAGCUCAUCUUUAGGAAAAAAUAAUUCAUUUUAAUUAAGUAGAAGAAUACCUUUAAACUGGGCAUGAGAACUGAAACUUAUUAUUCCUGAUGUACAGGACAUCGACGUUUGGCACACACUGGAAUGUAACUCAUUGUUCAUCCACAAAACACAGCACAAAGAAGGAGAAGAGCCUAUAAGAAUAUACACAUUUGACAUUUAAAGCCACCAAUGAGACCAGGUGGAAGUUCAUCACAACGUAGAGUAUCCCAGCUGUGUCUGAUAGGUGCCACAAACCGCAGGGGACACUGCAGCCCUCUCCAGCGGUCCCCAAAUGACGCACCAUGCUACCCAGCAGUGCCCAGUGGCCACCCCAGUGUCACCGGUCAUACCAUCCCACUGGCCCACCAUGCCGAUGAUCAGAACAGCCUGCCUGGCUCAGGAUUAUGGGGCUCCUCCAGUUCUGCUCAAGCAGCUCAUGAGUUCGGAGAUCUCAGCAGCGUGCCGGCAGGAGGAGUGACUGAUGGCUUUGUUUUGGAGCUGCCAAGGGGUUCACUGCGUGGUAGGAUUGAUGCUCCCACCGCUGUAUCAUGUUGGCCUUCACUGCUGUUACUCGCAUUUAGAAAUGAGAAGCGAAUGGGGCGUUGGACACCAAGACAAGACUCUGCAGAGCACCCGGCUGCCUCCUGCUUCACACCAGCCCUGCCAGCCCCCAGCCAGCCUUCGCCUGCCCCAGCCACGGGCACCUGCAGAAGGAAGACAGCAGCCACGGAUUUUAUCUGCUACAUUAAAAGUCAAUACAGAGGAAAAAGAUCUCAUCAGCUGGGAUUUUGCCAGUUGAUGGGGUCAUUGUACACAGCAAGCAAAGGUAAAUUAGAGUUGCAGUUGCACUCAAAAUGAAGGUAUUCAAACCAAAGGGAUAAAAAUUCCACUGCGUGAUCACCUUUUGGUUUUCUAACCAACACCGUAGCCCACGCUACACUGAGCAGAGGUGCUUAAGGAAAUGAACAAAAGCCUCAUCCCGACGGCAAAGCCGGGGAUGGAGCAGAGUUCUAACGCAGCAUCUCCAGAACUACUGAGGAAAAAUGAGCUGCAAAUGCAUGUCCUACUCUUGGUUUCUGAAUUCCAGGUUUGGGUGGAUUGACACAAACUACUGCUCCCUCCCCCCUUUUUUCCCCCCAAACAAACAUAAUUUCUGUAAACGAUCCUUUGUUAUUCUAUAGCAGAGGCCAGGCAGCAGCCUAAGUGUCCUGCAGAGCUGGUAGUGCCACUGGUUCUCCAGAUGCUCUGGCAUUUGCCAUGGUCACUUGGAUGCCUGUGAGCCAAGAAUAGCCCCAGCACUUGUCAGCAACCUCACCGGGAAGCAAAAGCCGCUGCCUCUGUGUCAGCUAUUCAGAAUGAAGCCUCAGACACGAUUUAAAUAAAUAAAUCAGCAAACACUUUUAUAAAGGAGACAAGUACAGAGGCUGCCUGUGGGCAAGGAUGCUGCUACAGAGCAUUAGUGCUGACUCACAGGCGAACUGGCACAAAGCGAAGGUUUUGGCUUGUUCCUUCCCACCUUCCGUGUCAGCUUGGACAUUGUGCUUUUCAGCAAUGGGAUUAGUCAGCCUGGUUACAGUACCACGACCUAUGAGUGAAGCACCACCCGAGAGCACCAGGAGGUCUGCUUGGCUUUGGGCUGUAGCCACGCUCCCACCCCAGCAACGCCUGCACAUUUUACCCAGGCUAAGCGGGCUCACGGGGGGAUUCGGGGUUACCUUGCUGGCACCCUUUUACCCUUCUUAAACAGCAGGCAUGGUCUGUGAUGAUUCCUGGCUCCCGGACAGACAUCAACACGUGUGGCUGCACCAGCGGACUGGGACCAAAGUGAUGCUGAAGUUAUGCACCUUCCUGGGUCUGCAACCUUGCGUGGCGUGACCUUCUCCCGCAGCACCCAUGUUGCUGCCCGCAUACACUUUUGUCACAGCCUACAUUCCACACUUUGACCAAGAGCUAUGCCGAGAUGGGUCCCCCGGCUCGGCGAAUGCUAGAGGUGAUAACUCACCUGUUUGCCCUUCCGUAGCUAAA